CUCACAAUCUCCACCAUCGCUCGCUCGCGCCGUCCGCCUCACGUCCCUCGCCUGCCUCGCCGCGCCUCGCGCCGCACGCGACACUCCUGCUCGAUCCCUGGCCGUCGGCGCUGCGCACUCAACAUUGUUCCAACCAACCAACCAUCCUCCUCGCUCGUUCGUUGCGGAGACCCCGACCUUGCCAACUCUGUCCUUCUACGGCUGGGGCUCCCCCACCGUGUAUGCAUUGGCCCCGUGAGCCCCCACCUUGUAGAGCUUGCUUUCGGGUGAGACGCCGAGAUAGACUAGACGGCUAGACCGACCGCGCCGGGAGGGAUCGAAAUGGGACGGCCCGGCAAGGCGAGACAAUCCACAACCACGCCCUAUAACCCUGGCUCGACUAGUGGCCAAAGUUCAUCACCGCCCAUAUCGUCUCCACCGCCUACCGAGUCGACACCCCUCCUGCACAGAUCCUACGCACACCCCGAAGCUGCAGAGAGCUCUAGCACCGCCGCUGCCCGCAACGCCGCUUCGUCCUCUUCUUCGAACUCGAACCCCUCCUCGAACGCACCACCGAACCCAAUGGCCAACGCCCACAGCUUCUCGGCUGGCGUCGAGCUGCCCAACCAGGGCAUGGCGCCGACCGUUGGUCCCACAGCCCACCUCGAGAACGACAUUGUCAAGACCGACUCGGGAUCGUACCCCAACCCCAUCGUCACCAUUGACGGCGGCGACUCGAUCCCACUGGACGCUGAGACGGUCGAAGGCCCGACCACUGGCAAGUACGAGGAGUGGGCCUACUACCUCUACUACAACGGUGACAACGGUGUCGGCCCCAUCGGAUACGCCGCGACCCUCUUCCAGAGUUUGGCCAACUCGGCGGGAACGGACCAGGCAACAGGCCAGCCAUGUGAUGCCAACACGACCAACUGCAUGCUCAAGUUUGCCGGCUCUACGCGAAGUGUCCCGUCGGUGGUGCUUAUCAUCAACGGUAUCGCAUUCGCCAUCCAGACCGUUCUCUUCACGACUAUCGGAUCCGCCGCAGACUAUGGCAACCUUAACAAGUGGAUCCUCAUCCUCGCCACGGUCGUCUGCUGGGCUUCACAAUUCGGCAUGAUUGACCUGUGGCUCCCCAAGCACUGGCAGGCAUCGGCUGCCCUCUACACCAUUGGAUUCAUCAGCUACGCCGUCACCCUCGUCUUCUACGCCAGUGUGUUCCCCCGUCUUGCCCGCAACACGGCCAAGACCAAGGAGGCCCGUCGCCAGUUUGACAACCAUGAGGUCUCUGCCGCCGAAUACGAGCGCGUUGAGAUGCUCGAGCGUAACCGUAUCUCCAACAUUUCGACUGCCCACUCGAACUGGGGUUACCUCAUCACGCUCGCUCUCAACCUCUCUCUACUCUUGACCAUCCAGAACAACCCCAAGGUCAACAACUAUGUCCUCGUCUUCACCAACUGUUACUGGGUCGUCCUCGGUCUCCCCUGGUUCUUCAUGCAGAAGAACCGCCCCGGCCCUCCCCUCCCCAAGGGCGAGCACUGGCUCACCAUCGGCUGGAAACAAAUCGGGAAGGCCGUGGCUCAGUACAAGCGCCUCCCCUACACCUUUGUCUACCUCUUCUCUUUCUUCCUCCUCGCCGACGCCCUCAACACGACCGGCACCCUCGUCGGCAUUGUGCAGAAUGAGCACAUCCAGUUCUCCUUCCUCCAGUCGACCUACCUCGGUAUCGCCCAGGCCGUCACCUCGAUCUCGUCGUGCUACGCCUACUGGUACAUCCAGAAGUGGAAGACCAUCCCUACCAAGCGCAUGUUCAUGGUCACCAACGUCAUCACGGUCCUCAUCCCUCUCUGGGGCAUGAUUGGCCUGUGGACGAAGAAGAUUGGCUACUGGAACACCUGGGAGUUCUGGGCCUAUAACGUCGUCUUCGGUCUCGGCCAGGCUCCUUACUACGCCUACUCGCAGACCAUGAUGUCGGACCUCACGCCCCCCGGCUACGAGGGCAUGUUCUUCGGUCUGUUCGGCAUCACCAACCGUGCCUCCUCGCUCAUUGGCCCCAACGUCGUCUCGGCCAUCAUCGACCGCUCGGGCAAGACCCGCGACGGCUUCAUCUUCCUCUUCAUCCUGUCGUUCUGCGCCGCGCUCGUCAUCUGGAUCUUUGUCGACAUGGAGAAGGGCCGUGCACACGCCAUCCGCUUCGCCAUCGAGCAGCGUGGUCUCACUGGCGACAUUCGUGCCGACCAGGUCAACGAGGUCAUUGGCGACGGCCACAUUCACAAGAGCAUGGGCCCUAUGGGCAAGCAUUGAGAUGGGGGUGGGGAUGGGAAGGACUAUGAGUGGUCGGAGCGGUGAGCGUGUUGGAAGUAGUAGUAGUAGUAGCAGCAGCAGCAGUAGUAGUAGUAUUCAAUCAUAGUUGGCUUUUGUGAUGGACAGAGUUGUGGCAUGAG